AAAUUAGUUCAAGGUGUACUGGAGAGGAGUGGAAGUUUGUUUUCUGACUCAUUCCAAUUAUUUCACAAGGAUUUCGGAGAUUUCUAACAAUAAAACGAUUCAGAAUGUCGAAGUGAUUGACUCUUCAUAAACAAUGGAUGUACUAGCAGAAGAUCAGGCGCUGCAGGCGAUGUUCGGGAAGGAGCUGGGAAUUGAUAAUGAAGGCUUAGAUUUUUCUCAGCUAGAAGAUUUCAUCAAUGGUGAAAAUGCUAAUGUUUUGGAAGAUGCUAUAGGAGUACUGACCAAUGCCCAUGCAGUAGACCACAGUAUGGAUCUUAGUAAAUCGAACAAACUGCCAGGACAUGGUCAUCACAGCCAGCACGGUCAGCAUGGACAACACAGCCAUAUUCAGCCUCCUGUCACCUCCAUUAAUAGCUUCCAGAACACACACAAUGGCUUUGACUACAAAAAUAAUACAUAUCAACACACAUUACCAGACAGUCCCCCAGACUCGGGUUCAGAGCCAUACUCUCCACCAGGCAGUAACCAGAGCAAUGGCUACCCCCACAGACUGGAACCAGAUUCCAAGGUCAGCAUUGUCAGUGGUAUGACCAGUAUCCCUCCCCCCAUCUACUGCCCUCCCCACCCCCCAGUGGACCACAGUAAGCCGUACCAGGGGUAUCAUGAACCCCCCAAGUUGAACCACCUGCCACCACAGCACCCUGCAACCAUGGCACAGAUCAACCUACAGUCUCUGCCGCCACACUAUUCAAGUAUGAAUAAUAUCACUGGCAACCAUGGCAACAAGAAGAGGAAAUUUUCCGACUCUCCUAACGGGACUGUAAAUGGUAAUAUGCUGCAGCAAAUGGGGGGCUACAAUAGCAUGGUCAAUAACAUCAAGCAGGAACCAGGUGUCUUACCAGAUUGUGAAGAAGAUUUCACACAGGACUUCUCUUAUGACAACCCCAAUAUGUAUUUAGAUGGCACAUACCAAGUCAUUAAAUGGCAGGCAUUUCAACCCACAAAAUGGGUGGUACUCCUGGAAGACAAUUUCAGAGAAUUACCCACGCCCAGCUACAGAGUAGAUGCAGACAAAGGGUUCAACUUUGCUGUUCCUGAUGAUGCUUUUGUGUGUCAGAAGAAAAACCACUUUCAAGUCACGGUCCAUGUGGGAGUGUCAGGGAAACCUGCUUACGUGAGAACUCCUGAAGGGACAAAGAAAAUUGAUAACUUUCAAAUACAUUUCCAUGGCAUCAAAAUGGAGUCAGUUUCACAGGUCAUCAAAGUGGAGCAGUCACAGUCAGACAGGAGUAAAAAGCCUUUCAACCCAGUAAAAGUUGAAUUGGCACCAGACCAGGUCACCAAGGUAACAGUGGGUAGGCUUCAUUUCAGUGAAACUACAAAUAAUAAUAUGAGAAAGAAAGGCAAGCCUAACCCAGACCAAAGAUAUUUUAUGCUGGUCGUGGCGUUGAACGCUCAUUGCGGUGACCAGAGCUACAUGGUAGCAGCACACGUCUCGGAAAGAAUAAUCGUCAGGGUGAGUGCAUCCAACCCUGGCCAGUUUGACAAUGACAUGGAAGUCACAUGGCAGAAGGGUCAUACAUCAGACUCUGUGUACCACCCAGGGCGAGUUGGUAUAAACACAGAUCGCCCAGAGGAGGCACUGCAGGUUCAUGGAAAUGUGAAGCUAACAGGGCAUAUAAUUCAGCCAUCGGAUAAGAGGGCUAAGACUGAUAUCAAAGAGGUUGACUCUAAAGAGCAACUGAAGACUGUUCAGAACCUGAAAGUGUACAAGUACAGAUACCAAGAUGAGUUUGCCCAGCAUGCGGGCUUGUCUCCAGAAGAUGUCCAUGACACGGGAGUCCUGGCCCAGGAGGUCAGGGAGGUCCUGCCAGAUGCCGUGAAAGACACGGGGGAUGUGGUGCUCCCCAAUGGAGAGAAGAUUGAAAGUUUCUUGGUUGUGAAUAAGGAUCGGAUUUACAUGGAAGGCAUUGGUGCUGUGAAGGAACUCUGCAAACUCACAGAUAAUCUUGAAAACAGGAUUGAUGAACUUGAAAAAGUCAACACAAAGCUGACUAAAUUAAAACGCUACGAUAGUCUCAAGUCCACAGCAAGUGGCAAGUCUUACUCCACAGUCAGUACAAUAAGUCGUGGCAGUACUCUUCCAAAGAGUCAUCAUCGCCAACGUCAACACACCAAGCACCUGCCUCAUGGAACGCCAGCAGACCAGGAAGGGAUGUGCAGCAGCCGGUUUAUCCAGAUUACUGUCAUUGUCCUGGUCAUGGUGAUGGCCUUCUGCCUGGUCUCUAUCACAACAUUGUAUAUACUGGAGAGAAAUAAAGAAACAGCAGCACAUCACUCUCUUAUAUCAGCCACACACACAGGGGGAGGCCUCCCACCGUAUAUAUCAACAUCAACUCAAAGAGCAGUCACCACUACCACCAGCACCACUACUGAGGCCACUUCACCAACAUCCAUGCUUCCCACCACACUGCCUCCUCCCUCCCCUGCCCCUGAUGCCCCCAUCCUGGCACCCCCAGGGUGUUCAGGCCCUACAGCUAGUCUGUUCUGUGCCUCCUCACCUAUGUGUUGUCGUGAGUUCGACAGCCCAAACGAUCCAAUCGAUCCUGUCCAAUUACCAGUAAAAACUACCACUCAGAGUGAGGUGACCCAUCAGUCAAAUCAUAUCCCAGGUACAGCAGAGAAGAAUGACACUGGGCCUGUUAUUAUAGGAUACAUCCCUAAAAGACCAGGCAAGAGGGAGCCUGAUAUAGAAAGUGAAAAGGAAGGUCCCAAGUUGGAUGAUGUUGGACAUGGCAGUCACCCCAAUGAGGCGUACAACAUGGCUUCCACCACACCUGCAGAUCAGAUCGAAAGUAACGAUAUUAUCUACCGCAGGCGGCGAGAUGAAGAGGACAUCAAGUUGGACGAUCUCAGUAAAGCAGGCACCCAAAAUGCCAGCAUUCAGAUCAUUUACCAAGAGCAAAACUACACCAUCGACCACCGCUAUUGUAUCUACAAUUGCAAGCAGAGUGGGCAGGGGAGCAGGCAGCUAAACUACACCAUUCCCAUCAGCAAGUACUUUGGUUAUAACAGCGUCAAGCUGGUCAUCAGGACUGCUGAGCCCACUUUCAUGCACAUCUGUGGCCUCUUUCCUGCCUCCCACAGCACUUCCUGUCAGGGGGCUGACCCCCCAACCACGCCCAGAGAGGAGACACCUCACAGCUCGACAAGAACCCAUGAAGUAGAUCUUCCAGUUGGGUUCUUCUGGUGGAGCAGUUACAAGUUCCGAGUGACCAAGACCUCUGACAGCCCCUGUGAACCCCAUACCACAGUGACCUAUGUGGAAUAUUACCUGAAAUUUUCCAGAAGCUGUUGAAGUCCAAGUAUGGACCUCUGAGAAUCAAAAUAUGUUGGCAUUUAUGCUACAGUAGCACCAUAUACCUAGAGCACCUGUAGCAGGACUAACGUUGGCCCAGACCAGGAGGAGGCAAUGGGAACCUCGGAACAUCAAACAGUUCUCUAUGAUAAUACUGGUCAUCAUUAUGCACUCUGCAACAUUGCUGCCAAACAGUGUUCAUCUGGCUUCUGUCCCCGUGUUGACUUCAAGUCUUUAUGUAUAUAUAUGUUAAUAGAGCUAUCACAGAAAUCAUCAGGAGUUCUACCUGUUUGUCUAGGAUAAUAAAACACAUGGGCACUUUGAUUUGUUAAGUAAGGAAUAACAGAUUUUGUCUUGAAAAGAUAAUUGUAUUUUCUUAAAGUAUGUUACUCUCAAGAUGUAAAAUGAUAUUUGAAGGAAAAAAAGGACUGUGAAGAUUGUAAAUAGUUCCCUUAUGCAGGGUUUUAAUAUCUGGCAGACAUAAUUGUAUCUUAAUCCUAGUUUCUUGGUAGCUUUGAUAGAGAUAACAGAUAACACAGUGUGUGAUUAUGCCAUAACAUAUGACAGAAAUUGUGGAUAAAAUGUAUUGUUUUAACAAUUGUAUUGUGAUGGGUAGCAGUGUCAAAGUGAAAGUUAUCACCACUGGGAAGUGUAAGGAUUGAUUGAGAAGGGUUAUUUUCUUAGAAGUUAACUAGAGAUCUGAUCUGAUCUGGUUAUAUUUUAUUUGGCAAAUGAAGGACAAUUUGAAAGUAAUUUUCAUCUCUGCACCUUGUCUGUUCAAAGUAAUUGUUGUUUCAUUGUACAAGAUAGGAUGUCCUAACAUGGAGCUUGUGAUCUAGAGAACCAGAAAAACUCAAAAAUACGUAUAUAUAUAUAUAUAUAAUUAGUCUGUUUUGUGUAAUAUUUGCUUCUAAUUUUGAAUAUUAUCUAUCAAAUCACAAUUAUGGUUUUUUAUUUGUACAUAAAAUCCUCACAAUUUUAUAAAAUGUUAAAUGAAGUUAAGCUCUUUAAUGAAGAGUAAAUUUACUGGAUUAUCAUAAUAACAAUGUGUGCUAAAAUAUUUAAGAAGUAUACUUUAGAUGUUGCAUUUAAUAUGCACAAAUUUGGUGAGAGAGGUGCCACCACCAAUAACUGUGUGAUCAAAGAUCACAAGCUGAAAAGGGCAGUGACCUCAUAAAAUAUAGCAACAUAUACAUAUGGUUGUGUUUCAUUAAAGUACAUGUAUGACAGUUUUGAGAUAUCAAUGUUGAUUGUGUCUCUGCUGCACCAUCUAUCAGAAAAAGCAUUUGAGUCAUUUACAACUUGCAAUAUUUAAAAAGAUGAAUAGUAUAUAUCAGUAGGCAUAUGCAGGUCACAUUUGCACCAAGUUCUAUAACAUUUUGUUGAUGUUUUUUCUAUGUAAAUACAAAAGAGAUUAAUAUCUUUUUAUUUGAUAAAGGUAUCAAAAUCUACUUAUCUAAUACAGGAUACUUAAACAGCAUUCAACGAAUUGUACAUAUUUCUUGCUGUCACAGUUUAUUUUUGUAGCAGUAGUUUUAUCAUCUUUUAUGUAAGUUUGAGCUUUUAAGUGAGAUGCUUUGCAAGCAUUUGAGAUUCAGAUUUACUUGUAUAUAUACAGUUUAAAUCCUGUAUGUUAUUAAUAUCCUAAUAGUUCUAAUAUAUAUAUAAAAUAUAUAUUCCCAUACAAUGUAGCACCAGGGUGCUUGGUCUUAGGGGACAACUAGUGUUGCUUGUCAGUUUAAGAACAAAAGGUGAUGUUUGUUCAGGAUGUAGAGCCAUAAUAACAACAUAUAUUCUGAUGUUCUUAUUGGAAUAUACAUGUUUACAGAAUUGUGUGGAGGGAUGUGAUCAUUUAUACAAUUAUAUAAACACGUGUGAUCCACAUUUAUUGUAUUGGAGAAUUCUGUAGAUAAAGAAUUGGAAAUACUGGUCCUAAGAAUGAGUUCUGGUAAUAAAAGGUGGAAGAAAUUGAACAGAAACAUAUCAAUAUGCAACUGAUGCACCUGGUAUACAAAGAGACUUUAGUUCAUUUCUAAACAUAUUUUGAGUGUUUAACCUAUAUGGCUAGAACAAGGGACCAACUUAAUGAUGCAGUAAGAAUAUGUCUAAUCUCCUGUCUUAUCAUAGGUAGAAAAAUGUUAUGAAAAGAUACCAGUUGUGAAUAAAUUUCUUUGAUACUAUCCA